GUCACGGUGAGGUAGGCGCUCCCUGCAUGGGGCGCGCGUGCCGACGCUGUUGUCAGCUGCCGGCUGGGAUCCGUCGCAUUGGCUGCGACGGCGGGGUAUAAAGCGCGCCGAGAACGCGUCGUGACAUGGUAUCAACAAGCACCAGCAACGUCAACACAAUGCCCUUGCGAUCCAAAUCCCCCAACGCAGCCGUCGGAGCAAUCACCAGCACCGAACGCGCGCUCACUGCCCUCUCGGACCGCGGCCGCGGAGGGCAAGCAUACACCCAAGCCGUGCUCUCUGCGCUCGUGCUCUCCCUCCGGGCCCGGGGAGUGAGCGACGCGCAGGUCGACGCCGAGCUCGUGCAGAUCCAGCGCGCGGGGCAUGCCGCUGCUGUCGCCGAAUUUAGGUUCGGCGGGGUGGGACUCGGGGGCGGGGCGAAGUUGAGGAGCGAGUCGAGGGAGACGCUGCCGCCUUAUAGCUUGAUGUGA